AUGAGUGCAGGAAAGUUUCGCAAGCCUCCGCAGGCCCCUCCAAGUUUCACAGCGACCCCAGAGUCGGUUGUGAAGGAUACCAAGGACAUGCUGGCAGAGUCAAAUAAGAUCACGGACGAUAUCGUAGCACAGAUAUCCAAGAACGACGCAUCGUUCAAGAAUGUCGUCCUACCUAUGGCUGUCGACGAGAAUCGGCAGACAUUGAAGGCACAUAUCCUCGGGUUCUACCAGUCAGUCUCUACAGAUCAAGCACUACGAGAUGCAUCGACCGAAGCCGAGAAGCUCAUGGACGACUUUGGCAUUGAGGCUGCUAUGCGGGAGGACGUCUUCCAGCUGGUGGAUGCCGCUCUCAAGAGAGGCGACAACUUAGAUGCCGAGUCGCAGCGACUGCUAGAAAAGGAACACAAGGGCUACGUCCGCAAUGGUUUGAACAUACCCGCAGGUCCCAAGCGCGAUCGGUUUAAGGAGAUCAAGAAGCGUUUGAGCCAGCUGGGCAUUGCGUUCUCCAAGAAUCUCAACGAAGAGAAAGGCGGUCUGUGGUUCACUGCUGCAGAAUUGGACGGUGUGCCCGAAGACGUCUUGUCCUUACUCAAGAAGGAGGAUGACAAGUAUUUCCUGACAUUCAAAUACCCCGACCUCUUCCCUACACUCAAGUAUGCGACCAACGCCGCCACUCGCCAGAAGCUUUUCAUCGCCAACGAGAACAAGUGCAACCAAAAUGCGCCCUUAUUCCGCGAAGCCAUCAUUCUCCGAGAUGAAGCCGCUCGACUAUUGGGAUAUCCUAAUCACGCUGCCUUCCGGAUCGAGGACAAGAUGGCCAAAACACCGAAGACCGUCGACGAUUUUCUCGGCGAUCUUCGUCAGAGACUGAGCCAGGGUGGUCUGGACGAGAUCGAGACAUUGAAGAAGUUGAAAGAGGACGACCUGAAGGCCAACGGCGAAAGCUUCGACGGGAGAUACUAUCUUUGGGACCAUCGAUUCUACGACAGGGUGAUGGAGGAGAGGGAUUACCAACUUGACCAGCAGUUGAUCGCCGAAUACUUCCCCUUGCAGACGACCAUAAAAGGUAUGCUCGAGAUAUUCGAACAGAUCUUCGGGUUGGCCUUCGUCGAGAUCGUGGGCAAGGACCGAGAUGCUGUGUCGCCGUCUGGCAAAGGUGAUGAUAUUGUCUGGCACGAAGAAGUACAAGUGUUCAGUGUCUGGGACGAUGAAGGUGAGGGUGGUGGUUUCGUCGGCUAUCUGUACCUCGACUUGUUUCCUCGCACCGGCAAAUACGGUCAUGCUGCCAACUUCAACUUGCAACCAGGCUUCAUCCAAGAAAAUGGAACAAGAAGAUAUCCGGCAACAGCCCUUGUUUGCAACUUCUCCAAGCCGACAGCCAAGAAGCCCAGUCUUCUCAAGCACGACGAAGUCACCACCUUGUUCCACGAACUUGGCCACGGCAUUCACGACCUUGUCUCACGGACCACGUACUCGCGCUUCCACGGUACAAACACGGUUAGAGACUUUGUAGAAGCGCCGAGUCAAAUGCUCGAGAAUUGGUGCUGGACGCCAUCACAGCUCAAAGCAUUGAGCAAACACUACUCGACCUUGUCAUCCGAAUACUACGUCUCGUGGCAAGAAAGCUCCAGCUCAAAGGGUGAAAAGCCCGAAGAACGCAUUCCCGACGAUCUGAUCCAGAAGCUGAUCAAGACCAAGAACCUCAACGGAGCUUUGUUCAAUCUUCGCCAACUGCAUUUCGGCAUCUUUGACAUGACCAUCCACGAGCCCAAAGACCACGCCAGUCUCGAGGCGAUGAACAUCUCCGAGACAUACAACGGACUCCGAAAAGACAUCAGCAAGAUUGACGGACCCGAAGCGCUGGGCGAGGGCAACGGCUGGGGUAAUGGUCAAGCCACCUUUGGUCACCUGAUGGGCGGUUACGACGCUGGCUAUUACGGCUACCUCAGUUCCCAAGUAUACUCGACCGACAUGUUCUACACGGUCUUCAAGAAAGAUCCCAUGGAUCCCAAGGAAGGUCGCCGGUAUAGGCACACCGUGCUUGAGAGAGGAGGUAGUCAAGACGAGAUGCAGACUCUGAUCGACUUCUUGGGCAGAGAGCCCAAGACGGACGCUUUCUACGAGGAGCUGGGCCUUACCAAGGGUACGCAGUCUGGCGCGGGUACGACGUGA